AUGGCAGCAGCUCCAGGCGCUCUCAGACGGGCACUCCCUUCAAUACGGAGUGCCAUUGUACAAGUACAUCCCCAGAACAAAUCUCAAUUGACGAGAUUAUUCUCUACCAGUCUACCAUCUCAACGCUUGGAUUCUUCAUCAUCUUCCUCUUCUUCCUCCACCCCCGAAUAUGCGAUUCCCGACCCGUCAAGGCCGACACACUUUGGCUUUGAGACAGUGACAGAGGGUGAAAAGCGGGAGCGCGUGGCUGGCGUGUUCACCAGCGUAGCAGAGUCGUACGACCGCAUGAACGACCUGAUGUCGUUUGGUUGGCACAGAGUGUGGAAAGACCACUUCGUCGCCUCUCUCAACCCAGGCUUCUCUCCGCUCACCGCGGGCCCCGACCCCCGCGGAUCGCAGCACAUCCUCGACAUAGCCGGCGGGACGGGCGACAUUGCCUUCCGCAUGCUGCACACGGCCCACGUGCUCAACAACAACCCCUCUGUGCGCGUCACCAUGUCCGACAUCAACCGGGCCAUGCUCACAGUGGGCAAGCAGCGCGCCUCCGCACUGCCCGCGAGCCAGCAAGCCGCCCUCUCCUUCGUCGAAGCCAACGCCGAAGACCUGACGCGGACACGGCCGCUGCAGCCGCUCAGCGACGCCGAAAAGGCAACAACCAAGCAUGCCUUCUUCGACCCGGCCACGGCAACCUCAUCGAUCCCCUCCAACAGCGUAGACCUAUACACAGUAGCCUUCGGGAUCCGCAACUUCAGCAACAUACCCGCGGCGCUGCGCGAGGCGCGGCGCGUGCUCAAGCCCGGCGGGGUGUUCGCCUGCCUCGAGUUCAGCAAGGCCGACAAGCAUCCGCUGUUCAACGCGCUGUACAAGGAGUGGUCGUUCCGCGCCAUCCCGCUCAUCGGCCAGCUCGUCGCCGCCGACCGCGACAGCUAUCAGUACCUGGUAGAGAGCAUCGAGCGGUUCCCGAGCCAGGAGGAGUUUCGGGACAUGAUUGUUGACGCUGGUUUUGUAGUUGCCGGCGACGGGUACGAGGACCUCACCGGCGGGGUGGCGGCUAUUCAUAAGGGCAUGAAGCCACGGGCAUGA